UGAGUCUCCGGUCAAGACGCGCUCAGCCCCACAGGGAAGCACCAGCCCCCAACGACCUGGCCAACCUUUAACAACACCCGUUACUCGGUGCACGACCUUGCCGAGGCGGUCGAAUACCUGCGUCACCCGGUGCUUGGGAAGCGACUGCGCGAGAUGGUGGAUAUUGUGGCGGCCAGCCAGACGACAACGGCCUCGUCGCUGAUGGGGAGCGGUGUGGACGCGUUGAAGCUGCAGAGCUGCAUGACACUGUUUCGGCGGGCGGAGGCGGUGUUGUAUGCGGAGAUGGGGUAUGCUGUGACCUUGAGGGAGGAUAGGUAUUGGGCAGUUUUGAAG